AUGGCAGCAGAGACCCUCAACUUUGGGCCCGAGUGGCUGAGGGCCCUCUCCAGCGGGGGCAGUGUGGCCUCCCCGCCCCCGUCUCCUGCCAUCCCUAAGUACAAGCUUGCUGACUACCGCUAUGGACGAGAGGAGAUGCUGGCUCUCUACGUGAAGGAGAACAGGGCCCCUGAUGAGCUGCAGGACAAGGAGUUUGCUGCCGUCUUACAGGAGGAACCACUUCAGCCCUUGGCAUUGGAGCCUCUGACUGAGGAGGAGCAGAGAAACUUCUCCCUGUCCGUGAACAGUGUGGCUGUGCUCAGGCUGAUGGGGAAAGGGACUGCCCCGCCCCCGGGAGGCACCUCUCGCGGCAGGGGUAACACUCGAAGUCGAGGCCGUGGUCGUGGUGAUAGCUGCUUUUACCAAAGAAGCAUUGAAGAGGGCGAGGGGGCCUUUGGGCGGAACCCCCGGGAGAUCCAGCGCAGCCAGAGUUGGGAUGACAGAGGCGAGAGGCGGUUUGAGAAGUCGGCAAGGAGGGAUGGAGCACGAUCAGCAUUUGAAGAGGGUGGGGCUUGCCCUCGGAAGGAGCAUGCACGUUCUGACAGUGAGAACUGGCGUUCUCUGCGGGAGGAGCAAGAGGAAGAGGAGGAGGGCAGCUGGAGACUUGGGGUGGGCCCCCGACGAGAUGGCGAUCGCUGGCGCUCAACCAGCCCUGAUGGUGGCCCCCGCUCGGCUGGCUGGCGGGAACAUGGGGAACGGCGGCGCAAGUUUGAAUUUGAUUUGCGGGGGGAUCGAGGCGGGUGUGGUGAAGAGGAGGGACGGGGUGGGACAGGCAGCUCUCACCUCCGGAGGUGCCGGGGGCCCGAUGGAGGCUUUGAUGACGACAAGGAUGGGCUCCCCGAAUGGUGCCUGGAUGAUGAGGAGGAAGAAAUGGGUACCUUUGACGCCUCUGGGGCCUUCCUGCCUCUCAAGAAGGGCCCCAAGGAGCCAAUUCCUGAGGAACAGGAGCUAGACUUCCAGGGUCUGGAGGAAGAGGACGACGAGCCUUCAGAAGGGCUAGAUGAGGAGGGGCCGGAGGCAGGUGGGAAGGAGCUGACCCCCCUGCCUCUUCAGGAGAAGUCACCUAGGUCCCCUUCCCCACUGCCCACCUUGAGUCCCCUUUGGGGGACUAACGGAGAAGGUGAUGAAGGUGUGGAGAAAGAAUUGCCUUCUGCAGCAGAUGAUGCUAGGGGAAUCCAGCUAAGUCAUGGGGUGGGCUCACCCCUGGGCCCACCCGGAGAUCUGGAAGAUGAUGAAGGCUUGAAACAUCUGCAGCAGGAGGCCGAGAAGCUGGUUGCCUCCCUGCAGGACAGCUCCCUGGAGGAGGAGCAGUUUACAGCCGCUAUCCAGGCCCAGGGGCUGCGCCACUCUGCAGCUGCCACUGCUCUCCCGCUCAGCCACGGCGCUGCCCGCAAGUGGUUCUACAAGGACCCGCAAGGGGAGAUCCAAGGCCCCUUCACAACACAGGAGAUGGCGGAGUGGUUCCAGGCUGGCUAUUUCUCAAUGUCACUGCUUGUGAAGCGGGGCUGUGACGAGGGCUUCCAGCCCCUGGGUGAAGUGAUCAAGAUGUGGGGUCGUGUGCCCUUUGCCCCGGGACCCUCCCCACCCCCACUGCUGGGCAACAUGGAUCAGGAGCGGCUGAAGAAGCAGCAGGAACUGGCCGCAGCGGCCUUGUACCAGCAGCUGCAGCAUCAGCAGUUUUUCCAGCUGGUUGGCAGCCGCCAGCUCCCACCGUGCUCGCUCCGGGAAAAGGCCGCUCUGGGAGACCUAGCACCACCGCAGCAGCAGCAGCUGACGGCAUUUCUGCAGCAGCUUCAGGCUCUCAAACCCCCCAGAGGUGGGGACCAGAACGUGCUCCCGACGAUGAACCGUUCCUUGUCGGUGCCAGAUUCCAGCCCCCUCUGGGACGUACAUACCUCAGCCUCAUCACAGUCAGGUGGUGAGGCCAGUCUUUGGGACAUACCAAUUAACUCUUCGACUCAGGGUCCAAUUCUAGAACAACUCCAGCUGCAGCAUAAAUGUCAUUUCCAGGAGCGCCGAGAGGUAGAGCUCAGGGUGAAGCGUGAGGAGGAGGAGCGCAAGCGCCGCGAGGAGAAGCGACGCCAGCAGCAGCAACAGCAACAGCAGGAGGAGCAGAAACGAAGACAGGAGGAAGAGGAGCUGUUCCGGCGCAAGCAGGUGCGACAGCAGGAGCUGCUGCUGAAGCUGCUACAACAGCAGCAGGCUGCGGCCCCUGCCCCUGCACCCCCCACCCCCAGCUCCCCGCCCCCACUCUGGGCUGGCCUGGCCAAGCAGGGCCUCUCCAUGAAAACGCUGCUCGAGCUGCAGCUAGAAGGCGAGAGGCAGCUGCACAAGCGGGAGCAGCCACGGGAGCCGCCACGGGCCCAGGGCCCCAACCACCGGGUGCAGCUCGGGGGCCUGGGUACUGCCCCCCUGUCCCAGUGGGUAGCAGACACUGGGCCCCUCUGGGGCGGGCCCGACAAGAGUGGGGGCAGCAGUGGCCUGGGGCUCUGGGAGGAUACCCUGAAGAGUGGCGGCAGCCUGGCCCGCAGUCUCAGCCUCAAGAACAGCCGGAACAGUCCAUCCCUCAGUGAUUCCUAUAGCCACCUGUCUGGGCGCCCAGUACGCACCAAGACAGAGGAGGAGGAGAAGCUGCUGAAACUGCUGCAGGGCAUCCCCAGGCCCCGGGACGGCUUCACCCAGUGGUGUGAGCAGAUGCUGCAUAGUCUCAGCACCAGCGGCAGCCUGGAUGUGCCCAUGGCUGUAGCCAUCCUCAAGGAGGUGGAAUCCCCCUAUGAUGUCCAUGACUAUAUCCGUUCCUGCCUGGGGGACACGCUGGAAGCCAAAGAAUUUGCCAAACAAUUCCUGGAACGGAGGGCCAAGCAGAAGGCCAGUCAGCAGCGGCAGCAGCAACAGGAGGCUUGGCUGAGCAGUGCCUCCCUGCAGACCGCCUUUCAGACCAACCACAGCACCAAACUCGGCCCUGGGGAGGGCAGCAAGGCCAAGAGGCGGGCCCUGAUGCUGCACUCUGACCCUAGCAUCUUGGGGUACUCCCUGCACGGAUCUUCUGGUGAGAUCGAGAGCGUGGAUGACUACUGA